AUGGCUAGCAGUAGUAAAAGCAGCAGUAGCGGUAGCAGCGACGAUGACGGCAACUGUUCGUUUUCAGGGUUGUCAUCCUGUGCCUCUGUUCACGACGAAUGGGAGCCACCGCCUAUGGGUAGCAUUGAAGUGGCUACUACCAUGGAUUCCGGCAAUGUGGCGGAUAACGCAGCGGCACAGGACGAGGACGCGGAAGCAUUCGUUCUAGGUUUGGUGGCGCAACGGGCACAACAAGCCCGCGACCAGUUGGACCAACAACAACAGGACGCUGCAGCAUCAGACCUCGCCACACAGCAAGACGCACGCAUAAGUGACGAAAUCGAGAAAGCUAAGGCCGAAAGUUUCGUCCCUACUAGUGGCGUCACGGAGCAGCCAUUUGCAGUCAAAAAGGAGAUCCCUCCGACCAACAACGAGUUGGCGGGUGCUUUCAAGACCGACAAUGACACGACUUGCCCCAAGUGGGAAUCCACAGAGAGUGCCGCUGAUGACCCUGUUAUUAAUGUAACCCCGCAACCAGCCGUGAGCUUACCAGGGGCUGUCCAUGUGUCCAAUCCUCUGGGUAGCUCGCCGGUGGCGGAUCAUGACGACGACGACGAGGAAGCUCAGAUACAACCAUCCGCCGCACCACAAGUACCACCCGUGCCACCCCCUCUGGGUCUAGAACAGUCUUGCCAAGUGUCCGUCACCGCCACCUUGGUCACGGACGAACCCAGUGAGGAGCAGGAAAAUACUACAGGCAAUUCUCCCACACCACUCGCAGACACCACGGCAAGCCCGGAGCGGAUGGAUUGUGGUCGAUUAUUGCUCAGCCUGCAGCCCGUCGUAGAAGGAGAGGCGGUUCGACCGGAGAAAGAGAAUCGUCGACAUAGACACUGCUUCGUUCGUUUCUCGCUUGUAGGGAUUAUUGUAAUGGUUGGAGUGAUUAUCUUGAUGAUUCUUGGACUUGCAGGAGUCCUAAACGGAGGAAAUGAUCCAGAAGAUGGUGUUCCGCUCAGCCGCCCGGACACGUCGAUAUCGUCACCCACCUUGGCCAAGAUCCAGAAAGAGGGCGUCCUCCGAUGCGCCCACAAUGUGUUUUUAGCUUCGGACUUAUACCAAUUCGAAGAAGCCUUGUGCCGCACCAUGGCAGCUGCCAUUCUGGGAGACGCUGCCAAAAUCGAGUUGGUCAACCUCCCAUUAAUGUCCCACCGCUUUUCGGGGCUUGCCGAUGGCGAGGUGGAUGUCCUUAUUCGAUCCAUCACACACACCAUGGAACGCGAUGUUUCGGAAUCCACCACGGGAGCCGCAUUUACGUUCUCCUCGCCCUAUAUCUACGAAGGCAUGAAAGUUGCGGGAACGAAACAGUCUGUCGACUGUGUGGAGAAUGGAUUUCGGCACAUUGAAGAGUGCACCGAGCUCCGUGUUUGCGCCUUUGAAGGUGGCACGCAUCACAGGGCCCUGAUGAAGGUACUACCAGAACGAUACAUUGUGCCACUUCCAUUACUGCACACGUUUGCGGAAUACAUUGCAAACAUUGAGGCUGGAGUGUGCAAUGCAGUGGCCUCAACACCGUACUCCCUUGCCGAAAAGAAUGCCCGUGAAAAUGGCUACAAGGGCGAUUAUGCAAUCACGAAACAGUACUUUAGCAAGGACCCCAUCUCCAUGGUAACCCGAUCGGACGAUGCGGUCUUUUCAGACUUUGUAAAUUCCAUCCUCCAAGCUCUCUUCGUGGCUGAGCAACAUGGCAUCACAAAGGAUCUGGCACACUUGUUUCCGUUGACAAAUGCUGCCUUAUUCGGGAAUGAAUACGACAGUGCAUUUCGAAACGCUAUAGCAACCAACGGAAACUUUGGGGAGAUGUACGCUACAUGUUUGGGCAACGCAAUGCCUCGAGACGCCCUGAACUCUCUCAACGAUGGAUCCACGGGGCUCAUCUACUCCUACCCGUUUGGCAUGAUUGGGCACGGUAGAGAGGACAAGCCCCUGGGACAUCGAAUGCAAGGCGUCGUAGAUCGCGGCGUUCUGCGGUGCGGGGCUCGAUUCAACCGUCCGAACUUGGCUACGGCAGAAACGAAAACCGGCAUGGACUUCGAGUAUUGCUUUGCCGUGGCAGCGGCGUUGUUUGGUGGCAACAAGGACGCAGUAGAAUUCGUGGAGGUCGACUCCAGCACAGCCGGUUUUGCUCUCCUUGCUGCGGGGAGCAUUGAUCUCCUUGCGGGGGCCACACACACGCUCCAAAAUGGGGUCCGAGAACCAACGACUGGGAUUGGAUUUGCCUUUACGCAGCCCUAUUUUUAUGGGCGCGUCCAGGAAGCCGAAGAGGACAAUUCGUGUUUGGCAACUCAUCAGGAUGAUAAGGACUGGUCGUCCUUCGUGUUUUGGAUUGUGGCUGCAACGUUUUUUGCGGAAGAAAAUGACAUCAACCAACAUCUUUCCAAUAGCAUGCCAGAGGUCUUUGUGUACGGGGACAGCUUCAAACGAAUGUUUCGGGACACUGUUUUGGCAGUGGGCAACUAUGGCGAGAUCUUUCAGCGCAGCGGGCUUCCUCGAACGGGAAGAAACCAGUUGAACGUGAACCCGAAUCUGGGGCCCCAGCACUACGCUCUUCCGGGCUUCUUCGAUCCGUAG